AGAGGAAGAAUCUUUGCUCCAUGAAAUUACAUUUCGGCUGUGUACUAGUACAUUGAACUCUCAAAACAUAAAGCUUUUGUUUGAGAGUGAAUUCUUAAAGUAAAAAUAGCCCCCUCACCAAGAAAAGGCCGCAUAUUUUUAACUAGUCAACAAAGGAGCCGUUUAUUGACCGAUAAUACAACUGCAGGCCGAUUGGCAUAAACAAGGAUGAUUUGAUGUUGACGUUUUUCUCGAUGUUUUUGGAACAAAUAUUUCGAAAUUUCAGAAGCGAUCAUGUCAAUUUUAAAUUCUCACUAAACGUGUUAGAUAAAAAGUGGUAACAAAUAAUUUCAAAUAAAAAUGAAGGUGACCGUGACAACUUUAACAGAUUUUGUAUUUGUCUUGGAAGUGUCUGAAGACUUGGAACUAGAAAAUUUUAAAGCAUUUUGCGAAAUCGAAUCAGGAUUCCCCGCAUCAGAAAUUGCCAUCGCGUUUAAUGGCAUGCCUUUGAUGGAUAACAAAAAGUCUUUAAAGGAUCAUGGAGUUCGUGAUGGAGAUGCUGUGAUAUUACAGCAUAUGUUUUCCAGAUCUCAAAAUAAUAUUGAUCAAAAUCCAUCAGUAUCCAGCUUUGACUUCAGCAAUAUAGAAAUUCCCAGCAACACUAGAACUAGAGUUGCUGAAGAUGAUCCAGUGUUAAUCAGAGACAUGUUCCUAGCAAAUCCUGAUCAGUUGGCCCUCCUAAAACAAAAUAAUCCCAGAUUGGCUGAUGCAUUAAUGACAGGCAACAUAGAUACUUUUGCAUCAGUACUGCGUGAACAAGUGACAGCACGUCAAGAAAGAGAACAACAGAGACUGAGAAUGGUCAAUGCAGAUCCAUUUGAUACAGAAGCCCAAAGACUUAUAGCUGAAGAAAUUAGACAAAAAAAUAUUGAAGCUAACAUGGAAGCUGCAAUGGAAUUCAAUCCAGAAUCUUUUGGCACAGUUGUGAUGUUGUAUAUAAACUGUAAAGUGAAUGGCUUCCCUGUUAGGGCUUUUAUUGAUUCAGGUGCACAAACAACUAUUAUGUCAAGUAGAUGUGCUGAAAGAUGUAAUAUAAUGAGAUUAGUUGAUACUAGAUGGGCAGGAAUUGCAAAAGGGGUUGGUGUCCAAAAAAUUAUUGGGAGGAUCCACAUGGUUCAAAUACAAAUAGAAAAUGUGUAUUUAACAACCAGUUUCUCAGUACUUGAAGAACAGCCAAUGGAUAUGCUUCUAGGGUUAGAUAUGUUAAAACGACAUCAAUGUUGUAUUGAUUUGCAUAAGAAUGUAUUGAGAAUCGGAACAACAGGUACCGAGACCUCUUUCCUUUCUGAAAGUGAGUUACCUGAUUGUGCAAGACUGAGUUCGGUUUCAGAAGAAGAGGUAUUGAGAAAAUCUAGAAAGGAGGCAGAGGAGAGGGAUUUGCAGUCCGCCCUAGAUAACAGUAGACGAGCUCCAAGCGCAAGUUCUACUUCGCCACAAAGUACUUCAAAUAAUAUACAAUCACAAACACUUUUGUCAACUGACAAGUUUACAGAAGUUGAUAUUGCGGAACUCGUAUCUCUUGGGUUUGAACGAGAUAAAGUCAUAUUUGAACUGCGCAGAUUUGACGGAGACAAAACUCAGGCGACAGCGGCACUCUUUGCAAAAUCACUAAAGUUUUAAUUAGUCAUUGUAUAAAAUUUAUUAUACAGUCAUUUUAGUUACAGUGUGGAACUAGGGGGAAAGGGUGUUUUAUAAUUUAUAUUUUUAAGAAUAAAACAGCUGCU